AUGGGCUCCGAAUCUCCGCAAUUCGUAUACAAGAUCCUGCCCGACGCCCCGAUCGAACCCUUGCCCGGCCUGCUACCCUUGUCUGAGCUGGACGCCAAAGAUGGGUUCGUUCAUCUAAGCACCGCAACCCAGGUCCCCCAAACAGCAGACUUGUUUUUUGCCGAGCACACAAAGCUUUGGGUCGUCAAGCUGGAGCUCUCCAAACUAUCAGAUCCCGUCAAGUUUGAGAACGGCUUCCCUCACCUGUAUGGCAACUUUGGUGCCCUUGAAAUUGACUCGAUAUCGCGCUUUGAGCGCAAUCAAGAGCAGACAUGGGCCGACAGCAUGGGAACCUCGUCUUGGCUCGAGUAA